CCAAAGCUUGUUUCGCCGUUUCUAUCGUCACCUUCCAGUGUAAUCGCGCCAACCAUGGCGACUACAGACACCACCACCCCCCUUCGAUUCGCGCCCUGGCAAAGCGAUGUUGAUGUCCAGUUCUAUGCUGCUCUAGCUCACAUCAAGAUCAACCACGACCGGCUAAACGACUCGGCUCGCAAAGUCCUGGGCUUGUACGAAGUCCGUCCUGGAGAUCACUCGGCUCGCUCUAUGCGCAUCCAGAUCCACCCAAACGCUCUAACUUCCGACGAUACUCCACCUAACUUCUGUCGCGCCGAGGGCAUCAUCAAGAAUUGCAAUACUAUUGAAGACUUCAAAAACCUAGACCGACCAGCAAUUCUCGAACGAUGUGGUCAGACGAUAUGGGAAGCCAUUCAUGACGGAUCCAUAUACGAGUGCCCAUCUCUUCUCUCUGCCUUCACCCUCAUUACUUUCGCCAACCUCAAAAAAUACAAGUUCUCAUACCACUUUGGUUUUCCAGCUAUCCAAUCGGAUCCCGUGUGGAGACAAAUAGGCGCUGUCGGCCGGUUAAAUUCUCAUGAGACGACCCAACUUGUUGAUGCGGUCCAGACGUGGAAAUACAGCUCCGAUACGCGCCAGCGAGGAUUCUUCCUAGCCAAACGGGUUCGUGGAGGAAGUUCAGACGGCGAAGACCAGCCUGAAACGCCUACCACACAUGGCCACGACAUUGGCUACCGGUGGGUUAUUGGAAGACUCGAAUCGUACGAGAAAGGCUUCUUCGACGGCGUUAACAAAGAGGAUUGCUUCGUUUCGUUUGCCGACCCGUCUACGUACGAGGAGAAUCCGGGCUGGCCUUUGCGAAACUUACUGAUUUUGAUACGACAUCGUUGGCGACUGAACGACGUGCAAAUCUUGUGUUAUCGCGACACCCACGUCCAGCGUGACAAUGCAAAUUCCCUUAUUUUUCGACUCCAAUCUGAUCAUGUUCCCGAGGAGUCUACAUCAUCUAUAGACGAUGGGCCACGCCCAAAAGCCCCAAAAAUGCCCAAGGUCACAGGUUGGGAGCGCAACGAUGCUGGAAAACUCACUUCUCGUAGCGUUGACCUUUCUGAGUACAUGGAUGAACGCAAGCUUGCCGACCAAGCUGUUGAUCUCAACCUCAAACUCAUCAAGUGGCGAAUUGCUCCGAACAUAGAUCUGGAUGUCAUUAAAAAUUGCAAAUGCCUGCUUCUGGGAGCCGGUACCCUCGGCUCUUAUGUCUCACGAACCUUAAUGGGCUGGGGUGUAAGGAAGAUCACAUUCAUCGACAAUGCAAACGUCAGCUUCUCAAAUCCUGUUCGACAGCCAUUAUUCAAUUUUCAAGACUGCUUGCAAGGAGGUGCGAAGAAGGCCCAACGCGCAGCCGAAGUCCUCGAAGAGAUCUAUCCUGGUGUUGACUCAAAUGGCCACGUGAUGGAGGUUCCCAUGUUGGGUCACCCGAUUGCCGACGAACAGAAGACGAAAGACCACUUUGAGAAGCUGAAAAAGUUGAUAGACGAGCACGAUGCUAUAUUUUUACUCAUGGAUACCCGUGAAAGCAGAUGGUUGCCUACCGUCAUGGGGAAAGCAACUGGCAAGAUAGUUCUCAACGCAGCCCUAGGCUUCGAUACCUACGUCGUAAUGCGGCACGGUCUCAAAGUGAACUCGGAAACCGGCGAAGAAGAGCUGGGCUGCUACUUUUGCAACGACGUGGUCGCACCUGCAGAUUCUCUCAGCAACGCAACUCUAGACCAACAAUGUACCGUCACUCGCCCCGGCGUAGCACCCCUAGCCUCCAGUCUCCUCGUCGAACUCCUUGUCAGCAUUCUCCAACACCCCUCUAAAGCUCGCGCCCCCGUCGACCCUGCAAAUAACCCCAAUACCGUCCCUCCACAAUCUCCAUCAUCCUCACACCCUUCGCUUCCUGCACCUUUUGUGCACCCUCUAGGAAGCGUUCCACAUACUAUCCGUGGCUACUUGAACAACUUUAGCAAUCUCCAAGUCAAGGGCCAACCGUAUGACUGCUGCUCCGCGUGUAGCGACAAGGUUAUAAAAGCAUAUGAAGCGGAUGGGUGGGGCUUCGUGAAGAAGGCGCUUAACGAACGGGGAUGGGUCGAAGAGAUGUCUGGAUUGGCGGAGGUGCAGAGGAGGGCGGACGAGAUGGCUGAGGAUGUGGAUUGGGAUGAUGAGGAUGGUGAGAUGGACGAAGGAGAAGGAGAGUUGCUUUGAUUCACUAUUCGUUGCAUCAAUUUUCUUCACCUCGCCCUCUUUCUGCUGUCUCUUUUUGUGUAAAUUUCUGGAGAUCAGGUCUUCUAAUUCCUUUUCUGCUUGUCAAAGUAGUUUGCGAUAUCACAUUUGUCCCUCUCUCAAGUUGCGCUUGAUCAUCAUCAUCAUCAUCAUCUCACAAUUGAACGGAAACAAACUAACUGUAUAUGCAUGUAUAAUUUCCCUGCUACCACAGAAACCCAGCUGGCCAACACCCUCUUCUGAA